GUACUUGUUUGCAUCCUUUGUAAAAUACAAGAACGUCACGUUGCAACGUUACAACUUGUUGCAGCACAUCGUUCUUUCAGAGCAUCUUUGGAUCACACAUGGGUAAAAAGGAGGGACAGUUCAAAAAAGGGGGUGUGUUCUGUAGUCGGUGUUUUUCCUCUGUGCUGGUUCCCGUCACUCUGAAGCCGGCAGAUCUUCAGAAGCUUCGCUGUGAAUGAAAAUGAAACUUUUUAUUUUCCUGAGUCUUUUCUUCGUCGCUGGACGCGUCACCGCAGCCUCUGUAAAUCAGACGAUGGAGGCAGAAGAAGGCGGCAGCGUCUUUUUCCAGUGUCACCUGGAUCAUCAAGUCAACGUGUCAGGUUCACCUGUGAAGUGGAGUAAAGACGGCAGCUCGAAUGUUGUCCACCUUUACAUUCGUAGACAAGAUCAAGCUGACGCCCAGAAGGAAGAGUUUAGAAACAGGACGCUUCUCUUCCAUGAAGGCUUGAGCAGAGGAAACGUGACGCUGCAGCUCUCCUCUGUGCGGCCGUCUGAUGCUGGAGGAUACAGAUGCUACGUUCGACUUCAGGGCGCCUCUUGUUACUUUACCCUCACAGUUGGUCGAAAAGGCCAAACAAACAGAGCACAACAAGGUGAUUCCAACACAACCAGACCUCCGCCUGAAGACCUGACCGAGCCAGACGACACAAGACGCAGACUCAGGGAAGUCACUGCCGGCAUCGUUCUCACUGUUGUUGGAUGUUUCGGAUUCCUGGUUCUGAUGAUCUGUAGAACGACCCUGAUUCACAGCAGGAGGCACGAGGUGGGGGCGGGGCAAGAAACCUGAAACCCAAUCAAAGGAGGCGGGAUGAAGACCCAGACAGCGCUGCCAGAACGGCUCCUGAAACAUCAGCUGGAGGUGAAGGCAGGAGAACGACCAAUCAGCAAAGACUGACUCAACAUCUGUGAUGAAUGACAGUAACUUAAUUCUUCAUUUAUAGAUAGAUGGAUAUUUUUUUCAUUCACUUGGGGCAAUUAUUAUAUACGUACUGUAUAUGGGGAAAUAUUAUUAUAUUUAAGAUUUUUCCAAUCUUGACUUUAGUCUGUGACGUUUGGAUUGACAGUAUUUCUCCAUCAGUAGCGGUUGUUGCUGAGCAUGUGGUUUUUAAAAUGUGAUUUGUCAGAAGGGUUAGCUUAGUUAGCAUCUUUUAUUUGUGCAUAUGGUUUGUUAGCUUGUAACUGGACGUGGCUGAUGCAUUGUUAGCAACUGUGCUAAUGCUAAAUCUUGCUCUCUGCACUGACGAGGUUUCAGGUUUAUUUAGCCCCGCCCCCCCGUCCCCACAAGCGGACAGGAUUGGUUCCUUAGCUUUGUGACGUAUGAAACUCUGACCGUCUGAAUGUGAGUUUAUGAACGUGGCUCGUGAUAAGUGUCGUGUCGUGAGGGAGGUGACCAUCGUCAGAGCGGUCGCUGAUCUCUCAGACCUCGGUCAGUGUCAAGACGAUUUCUGACUCGUGGUUGUAAAUACAACGUUUGGCCGGUCGACGACAGCCGCCAUAUUGGCUACUGGCACUUUCACAGGGCAACAGGACAAUCACGGAUAAGAUAUUAUAUAAAUAUACUGUAUUAUGUAAAAAACACUUUCUUUUCUCACUUUAAAUUAAGUUAUUUCACUGAUCGACCUUUAUUAAGAACACCACCUCACAUCUCCGUCAGUGUAACUAAAGCAGCGUUUUGUCUCUUUUGUCCAGCACUUUAAGUUUCGUGUUUUCCGACUGCGGCUCACUUUGUGGUCGAUUUACAAGUAACUGGUCAAACAAACUUCCUGAUGACGUGAAAAACAGUCGUGCACUGCACACUUUAUUUUCUGUUUGUUGUUUGCGUCUUUUAGAGUGAGAUGUUAUUUAAUGUUCCUGUUUUCCAGUCUUCUUGAAUAUAAUGUAUUUUAAUGUUUGUGCUGUAUGAAGCUCCUUUUUAACCUGUAAUGAAAUAAUUAAUAAGAUCUGCCUUUUUAUCAUCACUAUCGCAGCUUUUAUUAAAUAGUUUUUGUUACUUUCAC